AUGGCUCAGUCGAAUGGAGACCUGAAGCAGGAACUGCAAGUACUUCUAGCACAAGACUAUGUGUCGUGCUCGCUCAUUGCCCUUGUAACUUAUGAAUAUGUCGUUACGCUCGACCAGGAGAUUGCAGUGGUGUGGAAGAGGAAGUUUACGGCCACUUCGAUGAUGCUGUUGAGCACUCGGUGGCUCAUGCUUUGGGGGGUAAUCUUGAUGUAUAUGCCUGCAAAACAAACCUCGUCUAUCACAACCCUGACUUCCCUAUUCUCCGCUCUCCGCGUGUAUGCGCUCUGGCAACAGUCGAGGAUGAAAUACGUUUUUACUACCAUCGUCUUUAUGCUCGGGCUAGUUCCAGUUGGAACUAACAUUUUUGCCUCAGUACAUACCGUGCUUUUGUGCCAGGACAUCCCGAUUCACGGCACUUACUGCAGCAACUUCGUCAAUAUCCAGCCUAAGCUCACCAAUGAUGCAAUCGCCGCUGACAUAGCCGUCCUUGCGCUGACAUGGGUCAAAUCGUUCAAGCAAUUCCAAGAGAUGCGACGGCUCGAGCUCGGCUCCUCUAUUUCUACUGUGCUUCUCCGAGACGGCUCCCUUUAUUUUGUUGCACUUCUGGCUAUGAAUAUUCUGCAGCUCCUGACAUUCACGGAUGCUUUUGUUGAGGCCAACUAUGCGGACGCCUUCCUUCAGUUCAUGCCUGCUGUGUUGGUGCAGCGCUUCAUGCUCAACCUCCGCCAGCUCAGCUUCCACACUGAUGACCAGGAAAGCAUCUCGGAUGCACAGCACUUCUCACUCUUGUCUAUAAACUUCAGAGCGCCCUCAGAUUUUCUCGGGAAUAUCGGGGAGCCCUUGGAUUACGAUCAACUGGAGCUGAUAGAAGACGACAGUGGCGAUAGCCGCUCAAGCGUAGCGGAAGAGCAAGGGUAUCGACCUGAAGGGGGUUUCGUGCAGCAUGCGAGUGUGCUCUAGCGAACGGCACGGGCUUUACAACUCGCUAGUUGCCCCUGCGAUCGAAUGCCGGAGCAGAGAUAAGUGGGAAGUUAUCUAUGUCAUCUAUUUUGGUCUCGCUUUUGUUGUCGGAGUGCACUAUGUGUUUAUUUUGCCUUAAAGAUGACAUGACAUGAAAUGAUACCGUAAGCCAAACCAUUCAAUAUCCGCCGUACGAAAUCGUCUCUGGUGUAGCGGUCUCGCCAGGUCGCCGAUAUGAAGGCAUGCCGCAUGUGGUGCAUCACCGGAACGUCGAUGAACAGUCGCCAAAGACGGCACAACCGUGGCUUAGGGAAGUGUAAGGCCUAGACAGAGCAUGAGCGAUUUGCGUCCGGAGAUACGGCUCUGCCGCCGCAGAACGGCGUUGCAGAUAGCAAGGAAACGCAGAACUCUAGACGCAAAGCGCUCUGAGCACUGAGGAG